AUGGUUGGGUCUGCACCUGCGCCAGGUGCCAAUUCCCAGGAUCGUACGACAACGUUCCUGUUGUCAAACAUUCAUUGUGCCUCAUGCGUGUCGAAUAUUGAAGAGGCUCUUUUCCGGCUUGUCCCAAGGCCUAGUUCGGUGGAUCCGUCUAUUGUCUCUCAGACGGUCACGGUUCGCCACCAUCCAUCUCUACCCGAGUCAACUCUAUCACGAGCGCUUAGUGAUGUUGGGUUUGAGAUCUACAAUGUGGUCAGAGACGCGGAGAAUGGAUUUAAUACCGAUGAUGGCACCCCCAACGACAGCGCUUUGGCAGGGCAAGACGGAUGGAUCGAUCGGGCCGUUGAGAUAUGGUCAAGGCGCUACAAGUCGGCCAAGAAGUCCGAAAAGAAAAGACUAGCCAGACACAUUGAACGAUGCGAUAUCUGUCGCGCAGAGAAAGGGGCGAAAUCGGAUGAAUUCAUGCUCCCUGCUUCAACCUUAGGGCAAGGUGCAAUGAACGAACUUUUUGUUGUUGUCGAUUCCGCAGAUUCUCCGAAGGUUGUGACAGUGACAAUAUCUAUUAUUGGAAUGACUUGUGGCACCUGCGUCGGCAAGAUCUCCGAGGCACUCGAAACGCAGUCAUGGGUACGGUCCGUGAACGUUACUCUUCUUACAAAUAGUGCUGUGGUUACGAUUCUGGACAAAAGCCAUGUGAGGGAUAUCCUUCAGAGCAUAGAAGACGUGGGAUAUGAGGCGACAGUGGAACAAAUUUAUGAACAUCAUACUCCACAGGAUACCGACCGCAAGCCUCAAACUGCCACUCUGCGAGCGUCAUAUUCUGUGGGUGGGAUGACCUGCAGUAGCUGCAUUGGUGCUAUUAAUGGGGCACUCAAGAACUUCGGCUGGAUUAAAAAGGUUGACAUAAAUCUCCUCUCAAACAGCGCCACGGUCAUAUUCGAAGGCAAAGAUCACCUGCCUGAGAUUGCAGGUAUUAUCGAGGAUAUUGGUUACGAGGCUGUUCUGAAUGACGUGAACGAACUGGACAGCACGCUGUAUCGGAAUCAGCAGAGAGAGAUCUCAAUCAACGUCAGCGGAAUGUACUGUGAUCACUGCCCUCCUCGAAUCAUUGGGUAUCUAAACCAGUGCGCUGGGGAAGUAGUCCUUGAUAAAAUGCUGAGUGUGACCGAUCCAAUCUUAAAGGUCAGAUACACGCCAAACGCCCCUAUUUUCACUAUUCGGCACAUACUGGCUUCAAUCUCAAUCGCGGACCCUAAUUUGAAGGCCUCCAUUUAUCACCCUCCAACGUUGGAGGAGCGUUCGCAAAAGAUCAAUGCUCGCGAACAACAACGUCUUCUACUUCGGACCGCUCUGUCUAUCGCUGUCGCUGUUCCAACCUUUCUAAUUACGAUAGUUUUUAUGAGCCUUCUACCGUCGGAGAAUCGUCUUCGGCAAUUUUUCAUGCGGCCGAUGUGGUCUGGUGAAGUUCGGCGUGGAGAUUGGGCUUCCUUUCUUAUGGCUUGUCCUGUGUACUUCUUUGCUGCUGACAUCUUCCAUCGUCGUGCAUUGAAGGAGAUAUUCGCGCUAUGGAAGCCUGGGAGCACGACGCCUAUAUUGAAAAGAUUCUACCGUUUCGGAAGCAUGAAUAUGCUUAUGUCCUUGGGAACCUCUAUUGCGUUCUUCUCAUCGGUCUCGGAAUUAGCCAUUACAGCUACGCAUUCGUCAGUUUUGGCCACAGAAUCCAACCACACAAGCUAUUUUGACUCGGUCGUCUUUCUAACUAUGUUCCUCCUCAUUGGGAAGCUCAUCGAAGCGUACAGCAGAGCAAAGACAGGAGACGCGGUGACGAUGUUAACAAAGCUUCGACCAACAGAGGCGUCACUUGUUGAGGAAGGCUCCGGACAGCGAACGAAUCAAAUCAACGCAGACCUUCUGGAAAUUGGUGACGUCGUCAGAGUUCCGCAUGGCGGCUCUCCCCCUUGCGACGGACAGGUUAUCGAGGGCGAGGCAUGUUUCGAUGAAUCCAGUCUUACGGGCGAAUCGAGACCAGUGAAGAAGUCGGUUGGUGACGAGGUCUUUUCGGGGACCAUAAACAAUGGUGGUCCUAUUACUAUCCGGGCCAGCGGUAUUUCUGGGGCGUCCAUGCUGGAUCAAAUUGUGGAUGUGGUUAGGGAAGGCCAAACUCGACGCGCUCCAGUUGAACGUAUUGCGGACCUUCUGACUAGCUAUUUUGUGCCAUUCGUCACGCUCAUCGCUCUCUCUACAUGGAUCGUGUGGCUGGGUCUUGGCCUUUCUGGCGCACUACCACGUGAUUACCUGGAUAUCAACCGCGGAGGAUGGCCACUUUGGUCCUUGCAAUUUGCUAUCGCUGUCUUCGUUAUAGCCUGCCCUUGCGGCAUCGCUCUCGCCGCUCCUACUGCCCUCUUUGUUGGUGGUGGCUUGGCCGCUCAACACGGGAUCCUUGUCAAAGGCGGAGGAGAAGCAUUUCAGGAAGCCAGUGGACUGGAUUGCGUCGUCUUCGACAAAACUGGUACCUUGACACAGGGUGGUGAGCCCGUGAUCACAGACCAUGAGGUCAUGCCUGGUGCUGACGAACGUUUGGUUCGAACCAUGAUCAAAAGUCUUGAGGAGAACAGCAGCCAUCCAAUCGCGAAGGCUGUUGUCUCGUUUUGCGAGUCAAAUGAAACAACAUCACUCCAAGUGGGAAACAUGGAUGAGAUCGCCGGCAAGGGUAUGAAAGGCACAUUCUCAACUACGGAGCAGACUGUGAUGAUUAUUAUCGGAAAUGAGGCUCUCAUGGCUGAUUAUAAUGUCUACAUCCCAAAUGCCACUGCCGAAAGACUUGACACCUGGAAAGGUCAAGGGAAAUCGAUCUCGUUGGUUGCCAUGAAAGUUGCCCCAGGUGAUGAAACUGGGCUACCACUUACGGUCUCUACGUCGUUGGACUUGGUGAUGACCCUUGCAGUUUCUGAUCCACUCCGCCAAGAUGCAUUUCCUACUAUCAAGGCUCUGAAAAGGAGAGGAAUAGACGUCUGGAUGAUAUCCGGAGAUAACCUGACAACCGCAACUGCCGUUGGUACAAUGGUUGGGAUCCCCGAGGAAAACAUAAUUGCGAGUGUGCUUCCCGGGCAGAAAGCCGAGAAAAUUCAGUACCUCCAAAGGACGUUGAAGAAAGUCAGCUCUCGGAACACUUUUGGAAGGGUACUUGAACACACAGACCGAAGGGCGACGAUCGCCAUGGUAGGUGAUGGGAUAAAUGACUCACCAGCCUUAACAAUGGCAGAUGUAGGGGUUGCGAUUGGUUCUGGUUCCGAUAUUGCCAUCUCCUCCGCUGAUUUCAUUCUUGUCUCGUCUCGGCUAGAUUCAUUGCUGACACUGAUUGAUCUCAGUCGCAUUGUCUUUAAGAGGAUCAAGUUCAACUUCGCAUGGGCGUUGGUUUAUAAUCUCAUUGCCUUACCUGUGGCUGCUGGAGUUUUAUAUCCGGUGAAAGCCAGUGGAGGUCAUAUCAGACUCGACCCAGUCUGGGCUAGUUUAGCCAUGGCAUUAAGCAGCGUGAGCGUUGUCUGCAGCAGUCUACUUCUGAGGAGCAGUGUACCAGGGAUUGGAUUUAGGCGGUCAGAAGAUCGCUAA